AUGGCAAAUGUCAAAGAAGACCCUGAGCACCGCGCUCGCCGCCUUGCGGUGCGAGCCCUGGAGAAACAAAUCGCCAAUCUCGAAACCAUCCGGUUCGAGCCUGCCCAGCUCCAGCAACUUAAGAUCCGCACGCUGCCAAUGUCCUUUCGAGAAAACGGAGAGCUGGACUUCAAACCGUGUUUCUUCAAACCAUAUCCAGCAGACCUUCUUGAUUAUUACAAUUUCAAGCCUCUUGACGAGAUCCAAGUCCCUCCUGACCAGAAACCUAGCUGGCAGGCGAUGGCGAUUUGUGAUAUUCCUAGUGUGGAUCGACCCCACAUCCAGUGCGACAUGAUUUACAAUAUCGAUGGAGAUGAUAGACUGCUCCGUGGUGAAUUGCUCGCUCUGAUCCGAAUCAUCCUGGGGGUCCUAAGUGCCACGUCAUUGGUUGACCAUCUGAUUACUCCAGUACUGCUCUUCUCCUACAUGGGGCCGCAGCAUGGUCGUAUCCUACAAGGCCACUUUGACGGCGAUAAUCUUGUGGUGCGGUACAGCAAACUGUACGACUUUAGGAAAAAGAAUAACUAUGUUGUGAAACUCUUUACGCAAUGGCUUCUGUGCCAUCCGACUGGCAAUACGAAGGCAAAAUGA